GUAUGGUAGCUGCUCGCACUCGGUGGGGUUGGAGGUUGUUUGUAGGCGCGGGCCAAACGCUGAGCGCAUGCUUUUCCAACACAUCAGCUCAAGGCAGAGAACGAGCACCAGUCUGCUUUAGCGUUAUGAGCAAACAAACAACCUGUUUUAGCUCUUUGAUAUCGUAGGCGUUUAUGUGGAAGCUGAAGUGAAUCGCUGAGAGCAAGGUGCAGAUGAAGAGGAUGCUGGAAUGAGUGACGAACAUCGCAAACAUCAUGAUGGAGUCUCACUUCAGUACAGCAUCACUGCCGUUCCGCAGCUUUAGCGCUUUAAAACUCGCGGAAGGAUAUUUAUAAUGCUGGAUAUAGAUUCUGAAAUAGGAAUAGACGAGUAUAUGUGUUCACACUGUUUACCAGCGUGUUAAUUUCUUUGUGUUGGUAGUAAAGUGUUUUAGUCCAUGCUCUGGAAAAUUCGUGUUAGUGGUUGAGAGGAAGCUUUUUCUAAUUUCUCUGGAUUAUUUUAGCAACAUAGCAGUAUAACCUCGCUGUUUGAGUGUGUAAUUUAUGAUGUAGUUUAUAGAAUGAGUCAGCUUAGUACUCAAGGCGUGAACCGUUUUAAAUAAGAGUUUAAAGUUGACCCUGAACUCUUUGAGUUUUGACUUUGACAUUGACAUCGACAUCAUGGAUAAACGCGACUGAUUUUCAUCGAGCAGGUCACUCUUUUGUGUUUAUCCAUGACUCUCCUGUUUGCUGAUGGAACAGAAGGUCCUCAGUAAGUCCUCCAUGGUGUCCAGACUGCCAAAAUUUGGUGCCCGUCCUGUCAAUGGUACCCCCUCCUCCCUUCCCAAUGGUACGACCCAGACCGCACUCACGCAAGAGGGCAAAAAUCCCCCAGCUAGGCCAAAUGGAGUGGUCAGAGCCUCCUCCUUCUCCAUGAAAUGGAAAAAAGACAGCGGUGGGCCAGUGGACCCUUCAAACCCAACUGAUGGCACGAUACCAGAAGAGAAGAAAGAAAUCCGCUCCCAACAUUCUCCAGGAAGUAGGGAGUUAAAAAGCCCUUCUACUCCCACAACCAAAGUGCGCAGGUCUGCCUCCUCAUUGUCCACUGGAAGCCCCAAACCUGCACCCAAAUCCAUCCCGAGUCCUAAACCAAAGCGCAAAAACUCUCAAGUCACGACAGCCUCCAAAAGUCAGGACAUAUCCCAAAAAAGCUCAGUCUUAAAGCCAACUCAAAAUGGGACUUCAUCUCUGGGGUCUUUAGCGGGCUCUUCAGGGCUUCAGCGACCAAGGGCGAACUCUAGCUCUACUCGAAGCACCUCCAGAGACAGCUUAUCCCAUUCCAACGACAGCCUCUCGCGGCAGUCGGACGUGCCUGACUACAUGGUGCGUUCUCAGAGCUUCACUCACUUCAAGCAACUGCCCUCGCCAACGUCCGCAACCAUGACGCGCUCAUUCUCUUUCAACAAGGCUGUGGAGCUGGCCAAACCACUAGCUAAUACACAGCUUCGUCCUCCGCGAACACUUGGACUCAAAUCUCCUUUGAGCCUGAGCAAAGGCCGGCUAGUGCUCGGUUUAGGGGGCCUGGGAUUUGGAAAGGGGGUAACAGAGAGACUACCUGCUGGGACUCCUUCUUCAGACAGUUUAACGCCUCCUAAUUCCAUUAAAAGGCCUCUUUUGCCUAACUCUGUGCUGACAAAACCCUCAUUACAGGGGUACAGGCUAAAUCGACCUAUUGCUGCCAAACCGCAGUGCCCUCUGGUGGUUGGGAGGAGCCCAGUGGAGAGUGACGUUAUGACCCCGCCUCUCACUCCCGAGUUGCUCCAUUGUGCCACACAGAAUGCAUCAGCUUAUACAGAUUCCCCAGAGGAGCUUGUGACAGAGCCGGUGCUGGAUGGGAACCUCCGCUACACUGGGGAGGGAAUGGAGGACAUGUCUCUCUCCUCUGCAUCUUCUCUGGAGAGGAAUGACAUCAGUGAGGAGUUCCUAGAUGACUUUGAUAAUUUAGGGGACCACUCGCAGAAUGGCAUCCCUCAUAACAAAGCCACUCACACCCAAACACACCUGCAGGGUUUCUUAAAUGAGACCGUGGACUGGACUGGGAUUGGUCUGGCAGGUGGCAAGGCAGAUUUAAGGGGUGGUCCACUCCGUGGGCCACCGCUGAUGUCUCCUGAUGUGGAUCGUCAUGCGACCUCCUCUCUAGAGUUGUCCCCCUCUAACAGCUCUGGAGGAACAUACAUGUGGGAUGAGGAGGGCAUGGAGCCGCUGGGACACAACACGCACAUACACCGUUGCAGCAGCUACGAAUCAGACCUUCACAGCAUUGACAUUCUGAACAACUUGGAUAACACUGGCUCGUGUGACCUGGAAGAUGAUGACCUCAUGCUUGAUGUGGAUCUGCCAGAGGACGGGGCCUUACUCAAUGAUGGGAUGGCCCACUUUGAGCGCUCUGACAGGGGGGGCCGGCCGGCUCAAUGGAGGAGGAGACAGCAGAGAUGGAGUGGAACAGAUCAUUCUCAUAAUGACAACAGGUUGGCCGGGUUUCAUUACGACGCUUGUCGUACAGGCCAUCGGCCCCUUCAUCCCGCAGUUCAGCAUGACGGACACACGGUGGGGCUAGAUGAACUCACUCUCAAGCACAUGGCAGAAGAUUGCUCGUCUGUCAAAUCACAGCUGCUCAAACUCAAGAGUCUGCUGCAGAUGGAUGAUGGUGAGAUUACUCCAGAGAGUUUGGAUUCCAGCGAAGAUGACAGCAGAGCCCAGCAGAUGGAGGAACUGAUGAAGGAGGUGGCGCUUCUCAGGGAAGAGCUGAAGAAUAAAGAUAAAAUCAUCACACGGCUCACUCAUCAACAGCAUCAACAAUCCCCAUUGAGAUGUCAGUGUCAUCAGCAGAAGUCAGGGGUCAAAGGUGAGAGGAGAGCUCAUCAUGAUAAAUCCACUCAGACGGUGUGGCGACCGCCCCAUCAUCACCCCGCUCCUCAAAUACUUCAGCCCAUCAGUCACAUCCCCAACGAGCCCCUCAUCCAGGGAAAACUAGCAAGAACAGUCCCCACCGGGGGCCACAAUGAUACCUGCACCGAAGAGGAACGGCCUCCAAUGCCCUGUCCUCCAGCCCCCCGCACCGAUUCGAUUGGAGUCCCUCACGUGGAGCCGAAAUCUCUGCCUGACCCAGAAGAGCUGAGUCAGUUGCUUAGCACCCACCUUCGCAUACAAGACAACAAUGAGAAUGACUCACCAGGGGCUGGAGAACAGAUUGCAAGACCAACCCCAGAAAGCCAUGAAAACAAACUCCUGCAAACACCUCACCCCUCGUCCUCCUUCAGCCCACGUGUCCUGCAGCCUCCACGUCUACACAAACGGGUAACUCUCCCUGCUCUGUCUAUAGGGGGCGGCAACCCAAAACCAGGACCCUCAGUGAAACACAAGCUCCAGCAGAUUCUUCCUCCACCUCCGUCCAGAGGUUUGCCCUGCUUCAGUGCAGGGAACCACGUUGUUACUCGUGGCCGGCUAGUGGUCAGGAGUGAGGCUGACCCGCAACAAAAUGCUUCGGUACCGCUCGGUGUCUCCACAAGACUUCCAAAGCCAAAGAUCCACUGAGCGCCAGCUGCAGCCAUAGACACUGAUUAGGCUACCUCCCUGAACGCAUGAUCACACAUGCGGCUUGCACUAGAUGGUGGUGUUAGUGGCUAGACGGCGACGUUUUAAGCUAAACAAAGCAGCUAAGCUAUCGCAUCUAACUAUGCAACAAAAAGUAGUGUCACAAUCAGCGCAUCUGUCGCACAAAACUUUUAAAAGUCAUUGAUCGUAAUUCCGUAACCACUAAGAAACCUUUACCACUCAUCCAUACAAGAUCAUUCUAAUCCAUUCGAGCUCCUAAUGGAUUGACAAACUGAGGGAAAGAAUGACCGAGAAAUUCAGUCUGAGAAGCAGAGAAAACACGUAAUGGAAAGCACUAGAGAAUUGUUUUUUUCUGAUACUCAACAAACUCAAAGAAGACAUGAGUGCUGUGCAUAGACUGCCUGUGGAGAUUAUUCAAGACUCUCAGUGUCUGGCUAUUUCCUCAUGCGGUGUGCCCUCAGGACGCCAGCUCAUUUAGUGGGUGAAUCUGACAUUUACAUCACCAACCUCCUGAGGUUUAACUGCGAAAAUGCAUAUUAUUGUGUACGCAGCCUCACAGAUCGUGUUAACGAGAGUGAGAGUCCGUAUGUCAUGUGACCCAACUUCUCACGUCUUCUGUGAUUUGAUCUGUUUGUGUAUUACUUCAUGCCUCAUUUCACAUGCUUGUCUGAAUUCACCACAUAAACACGAAACAGUUGCAAGAUACAAAAUCUCUCUUUUUUCAUCGUUCUCACUCCUACGUCUAGUUUCUCAAUUCAGCAGAGUCUCUUUGACCUAUAGACGGUGUUUUGGCAGGAGGGCGCAUACGCUGCUGUCUUUGCUUCCUUUAUUUUCACCUUGGCUUCGGUCUUGAUCAGCAGAUUUUUAGUUUAAUUACACUCAUGCCUCGUGUUAAUAAGGUUCUUUUUCUUGAUUAUGGAUUAUGGCAUGCUCAAAGCAUAAACCUGCUUUUUCACUCCCCAUUAGUUGCAUACAAAAUUGUUAUAAUGCUUUUUAAUUAUUUAUGCGUUAUAAAGAUGUUUACAGUUAAAAUGCCUUUAUUAAGCUGUUCAGUCUGUUCCAGUGCUGCAGUGUUUGCCUUGUUUUUGGAGCAGAAAUACUCUUGCGGUGAAACUUUAAGUGUACAUAAAGUACAGCGAGUUCUUAGUUUUUGAAAAGAUUUGUCUUGAUGUUGCACUAACUUUUUUGGAUUCGCAAGAAAUGAUAGACUUAAAACUGUAUUGUUAAUGGAAAAAUUGGACCAUUUGUCCUUUGCCAGAAGGUUAGAUUGCUUUAAGAAGGUUGUUUUCGUCUACAGGAAGAUUUCUUGUUUGGUUCUUAAGAAGGUCAGAUUACACAAAUGUGUCUCAGAAGGUUAAUAAGAUUGUUGAGAAGGUUGAGAAGAUUUUUGUGCUUUUGGCAUGCCUUGAUGCAUAAUACACACUGUAAUACACAAAUAUACAAGAAGAUCCACUGCAUGGAAGCAUUUUAAAUAUGCAAAACCCACCUUUGUGUGUUUUAUGUGCAAUAUAUGUAUUAGAGUGUAUAUAUACGAAUCAGUAUAUAUACCCUUAAAGAAUUAGUUCAAUUUCAAAACAAAAACGUACACAUAAUUUACUCACCUCCUUGUUUUCCAAGAUGUUCAUGUCUUUCUUUCCUUAGUUGUAAAGAAAUAGUUUUUUGAGGAAAACAUUUUGGAUUUUUCUCCAUAUAGUGGACAUCUAUGGUGUUUGAAUUUCGAAAAUGCAGUUUAAACGCAGCUUCAAAGGGCUCUAAAUGAUCCCAGCCAAGGAAGAGGGAUCUUAUCUAGCAAAACGAUUUGUUAUUUUCCCCAAAAAUUGCAAGGUAUAUACUUUUUAACCUCAAAUGCUCAUCUUGUUUAGCUCUGCGAUGCACGUGUACUCUGUGCAGUCCCGUUCAAGACAGUUAGGGUAUGUCGAUAAACUCCCAUCUCAUUUUCAUCUCCAACUUCAAAAUCGUCCUACACUGCUGCAGAAAUUGAGAAAAUGAGAUGGGAGUUUUUCGACAUGCCCUUACUGUCUUGAAUGGGACUGCAGAGUAAGCAUGCACAGGUUAAAAAAGUAUAUAAAUUGUAACUUUUUUUUUUUUUUUAAGAAAAUAACAGAUCGUUUCACUAGAUAAGACCCUUCUUCCUCAGCUGGGACCCUUUGAAGCUGCGUUUAAACUGCAUUUUGGAAAUUCAAACUCACGGGCACCAUAGAAGUCCACUAUAUGGAGAAAAAUCCUAAAAUGUUUUCCUAAAAAAACAUAAUUUCUUAAUGACCAAAGAAAGACAGACAUGAACAUCUUGGAUGACAAGGGAAUGAGUAAAUUAUCUACAAAUUUUUGUUUUAGAAGUGAACUAAUCCUUUAACCUUCAACGUGGUAAGUGAAAAGCGGUUCGCGUCCAUUUGAGUCAUAUGAAAGGCUUUAAUGCUCUCACGUGGGCCACAUACUUUUAGACACACCCUAAGCAGAGAUGGGCAGCCAUGUCUAAAACCAGCUAAAGUAAAUCAAUAGAAGAGGGAUAUUUGUGUGUGUGUGUGUGUGUUUCUCUCUCACCCAACUCUGAGGUUAUACUAAGCAGAAAAUCAAUGGAGGGCUUGUUUUGUUAUGCUCUGGAGGUACUUUGUUUGUAUUUCUCUUUCUCUUUCUGUCUCUCUUUCUGUCAUUGUACGUGCGCAGGAGGAGAGGUCCCGUGUAAUACGCUGUCUUCUUGCUAAUGCAAAGUCGCGAAAGUACAUUGAUUCCGUCUGCUGUGGUCAGGGGUGAAGCGCUCAUGUCAAUGAGGUGUCUGUUUACAGAUAGGAGCAUCUUCUUUCAUUUGCCUCCUAACAAAUGAGGCGAGACAGAAAAAAUAGUGUGUAAUUACAGGGAUGGCUCACUCAAAAAUCCCUUAGUCGUUCCAAAGUAUAACUACUUUCCUCUUUGGAACACAAAAGAUGCCUGUGUAAUGAAAGUCAAUGGACAAGGUUGAAAAAUGUUCCCUGUGCAUGAUUUGGACCACUUUGACUAUGUAGACAAAAACAGUUCACAAUGUGUUCCACAGAAAAAAGUAAGAGUUACAAGUUUGGAGAGACAUUGUCUUUAAACGGAGAUGCAAAAAUUGCAAUGUUUUCAAGAUUAUCUGCAAACUCAAAGACGCCUUUCCCUUAACAAAUCACCACUCUGGAGCUGCAGUGUGAAAAAACAUAAAAACGGUUAACUGCACCAUAAAAAAGCUAGAUGUUAGAUUUCCUGAUUGCUAAAAUAAAUGCACUCAUACAAAGACCUUGCACUGUUGUGUAAAAUACAUUUAUGACUUGCUGACCAUGUGUGUAUGCCUUUCUCUAGAUUCUAUUCACUUGGAUGAUUCUUUGAUAGCAUGAAGAUGUCUGAAACAAGAAACACUUGCCAUGAAAUCCUUUUUUAAAAAAACUAAAAUCCCAUUUUUCCUUUCAUAUAGUUCAUGUCUUGUUGUUUUUCACCUGUGGUGACCUGAGAGUAUGUGACGUUGUCAGGAUGCUACCAUUGCUCCAUUAUAGCUUCAUGAAAACAACAGCUGCCAACCUGUUUGUAUGGACAGAAGAGAUGUUUACUAACAGAGAAAUGAAUUCAAGCACUUUAAAUGACCCGUUUCAACCUCCACACUGGAGAGACUGUGGUUGUGGUUUUUGACCUGAUCUGUUUGAUUUGCUGUCAUUUAUAUUGUGUGCGACUACUUUUAUUUGGCUGUUUGUGUCUUGAUGUUCUGUCCCUGUGUGCCCUGGUCCAGUGGAAGGUGUGAGACUUUAAUAAAGUGAAGGAAUAAGAUUCA